AAAACAUCAAAUUUCAACCAACAUCUCAACAAGGUGUUUCUUUCGACAAGAAUGAUCUUAAACCAAUAAUUACUGUUCAUUUUGACAAACCUGCUCCAGUUCAGUCAGUCACUCUUCCACGUGAUAAAACACCCAAUGGAAAUGUUGAACAAUUUGAAGUCACAUUCUAUUCACCUGACGGAAACAAAAUCAACGACAUACCAAUAUUAAGUAAUUCAAGUCCAAAAGAAGAUAAGUCGAAGCCAGCUGAACUCAAUUCAACACAAAUACCAUCAAAUACACCUGUAUCACGUAUAGAAAUCACCAUUAUUCACACUACUGAUGAUGAAUCACCGAAAGGUGUUGUUUUGGAUAUUAAAGCUUGUACGGAAGUCACAACAGGUUAG